AUGAAAUCAUUCCUUAUCAUUGCUUGUGUCUUUGGACUCUGCUGUGCUGUGCUAGCGGAGGAUGAAGAACUCCGGGAGAAGCGCUCAUCAAGCCGUUCUUCAGAGAGACAGCCUGGAGGCUUUUACAACUCAUUUCCACGUCCCUAUCCCUACCCAUACUUCCCUCCUUACCAGCCUCUGCCACAGCCUCUGCCUCAGCAGCCUCUGCCUCCAACCAACAAUGCUCUCCUCAGCCUCCUUCCAUUCAUCUUAGCACAGCUGGCAUCCAACACCCCUGCUCCGGCCCCGGCCCCGCUCCGGCCCCGGCACCGGCCCCGGCCCCAGCCCCAGCCCCUGCACCAGCCCCUGCACCUGCCCCAGCUCCUGCUCCCCCUGGUGGCCGAUAACUGUCUGAAUGACUUGAUACUCUUGUUCUUGGAGCAGGAGCCGGAGCUGGAGCUGGAGCUGGAGCUGGAGCUGGAGCCGGAGCUGGUGCAGGGGCAGGGGCCGGGGCCGGUGCCGGAGCAGGGGUGUUGCCUGCCAGCUGUGCUAAGAUUAAUGGCAAGAGCCUCGUCCAGUCCCGGCCCCGGCCCCAUCCCCGGCCCCGGGCCCCUCCCCUGCUUCGACCCCGGCCCCAGCAACCACAGCCUCAACCAGACCCCCAGUAUGACACAAACGAGGCUUCUAGUGUUGCUCGCAUGUUUUCUAACUGGAACAUCUGGAGUUCCGAUCUCCCCAAAUGCUGGUUUGAUGGAAUCAGUCGCGGUGGGAGACAUGCCAGGGCAGGGACAGAUACAGUCCUCACCUCCUGGAUCUGAGCCACAUCUGCACAGCCUGACCAAUCAAUGGGCAUCUCAACCCAACCCCAAUACUGGUCUCAGUCAGCUUCCUGUACACUUCCAGUACUUAACCUAUCCUCAUGCCCAGCAACCGCAGUUUUUCUAUUAUCCAGUUCUUGGCGCACAAUCAAGGAACCCACCGUUCUCCUAUGGAGUGCCUGCUUUCCAGCACGCAACAUCUCAACAAUAUCCCGCUAAUGCAGGUCCAGCUUCACAGCCAUUAAUGACACAAAACAAACAACACAAGCCUUUAAACCAGCCUCAGCAACAACAGGUUCCCCAAUUUCUUUACAUGGUUCCACAGAUGCAACAGCGAAUGGCUGGACCAUAUGGUGGAUUGAGCUCUGAGGAACUUCAGAACAUGGGACGUAUGCACAUGCCUGCACUUAGAGGCAAUGUUUUUCCUGUAGCUGGACCGCAACCUGUUGUACCCAUCAGCCCUUUAAGACCAACCAAUACCUUCCACCCCAGCACCUUUCAGGCAACUUCUGAAGUUCAGCUCCCCAGCGCUGUAGCCGUCCCGGCCGGUGGGGAUGCCGUAGCUGCCACUGGUGGAUCGCAUACAAAUAGUGGAGCACUCCCUGGUAGGAUUCCUAAAGUGCAGGACCGUGAGCGAGUACCAUGUGAUCACGUCCUGCCUGCCGAAGACCCCUUAACCAACACUGGACCUUUGGAUUCAGAUCAUGGGCCUUUCAUUUCUGCAAAUGUGCCCACUGUCCAGCCUGAUCUCCAUCACGGUGAUGCUACAUUCCCAACACCAGAAAACAAAGACCCUCUCCUUCCACUGCGUUCUGACACUGUCAACACUAACGCCGAUAUGUAUCCCUAAGACAAAUAUUUACUGCAAAUAUGCAACAUAUAUCAUGCUAAUGCUUUACAAAUGAGGUUAAGGCAGCAUAAUGUAAGCUUUAAAAAAAUCUUCAUAGCAGUUCUGGUACUUUUUUUAAUGUUUUUUUUUUUGUUGUUUUUGGUUUGUUUAUUGUCGGUUGGUUAUUGUUUCCUUAUCUUUUAUUCUACGCACAACUACUGUGUGGAUCAGUCUAAAUGUUCAAAGAUUUUGUUUAAAAUGAUUUCUGUCCUUUGUAC